CCUACAUCUAAGACGGUGCCGACAUCUAAGACGGUGUUUUUUCUGAAAAGGCUAAGCAUAUGUUUCUACUAAGACUGAUUAGCCCACAUCUAAGACGGUGUUUUUUUCUGAAAAGGUUAAACAUAUGUUUCUACUAAGACUGAUUAGCCGAGGAUGUUUUUUCUGAAAAGGCUAAGCAUAUGUUUCUACUAAGACUGAUUAGCCCACAUCUAAGACGGUGUUUUUUUCUGAAAAGCUGCAACAAAACAUUAUUUCUUUGAAAGAAUAUUACAAGGAUUCAUGGAUCUCAAAAACCUGCCGUCCAGUUUUUUGGCCUACAGUUUACCUUGGACUUACUAAAUUGAUAGAAGAUAUUUUAAGUUGAUGGUAUGUUAUACUAGAAAACCAUUCAUUUGAAGUUUUUGAGAGGAAGUUUUACAUAGAUAUCCAUAGGGAUGGGUGAGAAGAAUGAGGCUCAUUAUGGAAAGAAUCAAGUAUUACAAGGAAAUCAAAGCAUGGGUUCAAUGGAGUCUGCUGAUUCUUUUAGUCUGGAAGACUUCAGCAACAAUACAGAAUUCCUUGAGAAAAUAUUGGCUGAUAAUGACUGGUUGAGAUGUCAUCUGGAAGCAACAGCAGGGCAGAUUUGUCCCUUGGACAGUGGAGAAAAUCCCAACUCAGCCCUCCUUACAAGUAUAGACCUAAAUCAGACAGCCACAAAUACAAAUACUUUGGAGGAAGAUGAGCUCAUCUUAACUAAUGUUCUGUGCAGCAAAAGUACUUUAAUGGACACUACUACUACAAGUAUUGAACCUGCUGUACCUCAACCUGCACCUGCUACUAAACAUGACUUGUCAUCAGAACAGACUAUUCAGUCAAAAUCAUGUGCAACCAUUCCAUCUGCGGGUAGCCAUGGAACAUCACAGAGAAGAAAACGUAGGAAGAGAAAAGAAAUCGAAAUUGUUGAUCUAACAAAAGACACAUCAACCACUCCACUCGGAAGAAGACCUUCAGUUUACCGUGGAGUAACCAUAUGCAAAAGUGGGAACUUUGAAGUCCAUUUUUGGGACAGCACCUUCAGAAGACAGGGUCUCAAUCGCAACGGUAUACAAGGUACCUAUGAUGAGGAAGAGAAUGCAGCAAGAGCUUAUGAUCUGGCAGUUCUCAAGUUUUGGAGUCCAACAGCUGCAACAAACUUUCCGAGUGAAGUCUAUGCUAGAGAGUUAGAAGAGAUGAAAAAUAUGUCAAGGCUAGCGUGUAUUAAUCAUUUGAGAAGGUUAUGUACUGGCUUUUGUAAAAAAUUCUACCAUGGAGUAAAAAGAAAUGAUCAAGAUGGAAAGUGGCAUGUUAGGAUUGAAAGACUCAAAGGGAAUAAGAGUUUUUAUCUUGGAAGUUUUGACACAGAGGAAGAGGCAGCCGAAGCUUACGACAUUGCUGCUAUCAAACACAGAGGAGUCAAUGCCUUUACACACUUUGAAAAAAGCAGAUAUGAUGUGGAAAGAAUCAUGAACGAUACACUGCCAAUAGAAGAGAAUUCAGAGGACAGGAAAGUAGAAAAAAGAAAAAUGGAAGGACUGGGACAGCUCAUGGACAAAGGGAAAAAAGCUCGUGUUGAAAUGAAAGAAAGUGAAUCUAUAAUUGGGAAUAUUAUAAACCAGAAUUCAGUGACAGACGAAGCGAGCUAUGACAGUGCUGCUACUGUAUUAUCUAAUGUUGAUCAUGAAUGUGUUCUUCCAGGUAACCCAGUGACAACACAUCAGCAACUGGACCACAAUAUACAUUCAUCUAUCUCUACAGAGAACAACAAUGGUGUUGUACACAAUCUAAUGGGCUUGAAACCUGCAGACAGUAAUCGAUAUGCACCUAUACUUGGACUGGACAUGGACAACUCUUUUGUUUCAUUGUACAGUGAUAAACAGGAAGCAUCAGUUUCUUUAAAGACAACAGGCAUUGAAAACGUACCAUCUGCAGGUACCUCCACAACUAGUACAUUCUGCUUACCUCAAACUCAGAACUUGGAUCCUGUUAUAGUUGAGUAUGAGAAUGUAAUGUCUGACAGGAACUUCAUAAGACUGUUUCUUGAGGAUUUAAAUGAUAAAGCUGAUGAACAACCAGCCUCUGAUGCUCCUAAUCGAUGUGCACCUACUCUUGGACUGGUGAUGGACAACUCUUUUGUUCCAUUAGACAGUGAUAAACAGGAAGCAUCAGUUUGUUUAAAGACAUCAGGCUUUGAAAACGUAACAUCUGCAGGUACCUCCACAUCUAGCACUUUCUGCUUACCUCAAGCUCAGACCUUGGAUCCUGGUACAGUUGGGUAUGAGAAUCUAAUGCCUGACAGGAACUGCAAAAGACCAUUUCUUGAGGAUUUAAAUGAAAAAGCUGAUGAAGAACCAGCAUGUGAUGCUCCUACUAUGUUCAAUAUUUGGAGUGAUAAAAACAGGUAAGUGUCUAGCAUAUUAAAUUGCACAAUAGCUCCUCAUACCAC